GAAGAAGGACGCGAAGGAGAAAGAAAAAGAAGAAAACUUUUCAUGUAUAUUGUAAAUAAGCAGGAGACGAGAACAACACAUUGCCCACUAUGGUGGAUGAUGAUUUUACCACUGCGAACUCCAGGGCAUCCACAACAUACCCCAUGUGGUGCUCUGCAUUGAGGAAGAAUGGCAGUGUCAUGCUGAGAGGACAUGCCUGUAAGAUUGUUGACAUGACUACCUCUACAAAUGGCAAUCAUGGGUAUGUUAAGGUUCACCUUACUGGACUUGACAUCUUUACUAAGGAGAAGUUUGAGGACUUCUGCACAUCUACUGCGCAUAACAUGGCUGUCCCUAAUGUAACAAGAAAAGACUACCAGGUAAUCAUCAUCUCAGAUGACUUCUUGACUCUGAUGGAUGACAAUGAAGAGACCAGGGACCUUAAAGUGCCAGAAGGUGACCUGGGCAAAAUAAGAGCUUUGGUAUUGAAGAAGAGUUUCUGUCAAGAAACUGGUUUGUCUGUCUAUAUCAUAGGUACAUUGUAUUGAAACUAGGAGCAGGUGUUCAAGUAUAGUACUCAGUCGUGUAUGCCGCAGAAGAGGUGUAGGGAUGUUUCCCUAGCUCGUCACAGGUUUCUUGCCCAAUGUAAACACGGGGUUAAAUUUGACCUUGAGCCUCUUUUAGAACAUGAAGAUACACACACUCCUGUUUUCUGUAUUCACACUAAUGUACAGAGUGGCUCCUGUCUUAAAAAUCACAACUGUCUGUUUUGUUUUUGUUGUGCAAGCAAAAUAAAGUUUGUUCAGAUGUU